AAUUUAAAUGGUCAGAUCCAUACAGAGAGAAAAGUGUGUGUGCAUGAGAGAGAGAAAUAGAUUUACAUGCCAACAAUUAUUAUAAGGGAAAAAACAAGAAGUUAACAACAAAAACAGAACAAUAAUCCUAGUAAAUUUUCUGGUAACAUCCUAGUACUUCCAGGUUCCUCAGUUUGUUUUGUUGCAAACUGAUUAUUUCUUGUCGUAUAAUGGGAGAUUCAGCUUGUCUUAUGCGUGCCUUCUCUUACGCUUCUGCCUUACCAUCCAAUGAAGCUAAACAGGGAAACCACAUGCAUGCUCUAGGGGAGUCCGUUUCUUUUGGGAGAUUUACAACAGAGUCAUUGGCAUGGGAUAAAUGGUCCACAUUUUCUCACAAGCGCUAUGUUGAGGAAGCAGAAAGGUAUGCUCAGCCAGGUUCUGUUGCACAGAAGAAAGCUUUCUUUGAAGCUCAUUACAAGAAAAUUGCUGCCCAAAAGGCUGCUGCUUUGCUCGAGGAAGCCAAUACCCAAGAAGAGGCCAAUGAAGAUAUCACCAAAAAUAGUCUUGCAGUGGAUCCUAAUGUCAAUAGUUCCACGGAAGGAGUUGCAGAUGUGAAGGAGACAGAAAAUACCGCCCCUUUAACUCCCGUAGAAACAAUUUCAGGAUCAGAGCUUAGUGAAACAUCUCAUACAGAGAAACCUUUGCUGAAGCAGAGUUCCAGCUCUAAGCAAGACGAUGAUGUUACAUCUGCGACAAGCAAGAAAAGAUCAGCUUUUUCUUCAUUCAAAUCAUCAGUUCACUCCAUGAAGUCUAAAAUUCCACCUUCACCAUCUAGGCAUAACAUUCCUCGUCAUGUCAAUAAGGAAAACAAUUUCACUCCAAUCACAAAGAAUCCCACAUCAGUGUUUGCGAACGAAAAGAGAUCAUCCUCAAAAUCUUUAAGCAAAUUGAUGAAUUUCACCCCUGCCAAAGAGCCAGAUAAGGUGCCUCCUCCCCCUCCUUCCCUCAAGAAAGAAAGUUCAAAGGUCGCUCCCAAUGCCGCGAAGAAGUGCAUUACUCCUCUCAAAACUCCUGUGGCAAAUUCAGAUGGUGCAGCCAAACGUCCCAUGACAACCCCAUCUUCUGAAAAUAGAAGGAUGGAAACACCAAGUCAUCCGGCAGCUGCAGGAAGUCAAACAGCCGGCCCAAAAUGGAAUAUCUUGUCAGCUGUUUGUUCCAAGUCUUUAACAGCCUGCCGUAACAAACUACAAUCACCCUCUUUAUCCACUCCAUUUCUACUGAGGACAGAAGAAAGAGCUGCAAGAAGGAAACAGAAGCUUGAGGAGAAAUUCAAUGCAAAGGAGGUACAGAAAGUUCAGCUACAAACAAAACUAAAGGAGAAAGCUGAAUUGGAGCUUAGGAAACUUCGACAAAGCUGUUGUUUCAGAGCUCGUCCCCUGCCUAAGUUCUACAAGGAAAGAGAAACAACAAAAAAUCACCCAAAAAAGACCCCAUUAAAACGUCUUCUGUCACCAAAACGUGGAAGAAAUUCCAGUAACAGCACAAUGCAAGGCUUGAUGUCGCAGCCAACUUCUACAUAUUCGACCAAGAAUGGCUCUUACGAGAAUUCAGGAAAGAACUGCCCAAAACAUAUAAACGUUCAUACCUUGCCAACAGUACCGUCUAAUGAUCAGAACGCAUCCCCAAAUAUACAACAUCAAUUUGGAGUCUCGCCCAAUUGAAUGUUCAGAGAUUUAUGAUGUCUUCCAUCAUACUAUCAAAGAGAUGCAACUCGUAGAUGUGUUGAUUGUUGAAGCUAUCUAUACGCGAGAACCAUUGUUACUUGUUCUAUGAAGUUGAACCCUAAAGUUCAGGCUAGGUUUUCCACUGUGAGCAUUGUUCCAUAUGGUAUCUGCCUUUGUACAUCAUAAAGCAAAACUUUACAAAGUUUCAGGUUGACAUUCAACAAUUUAUUAAACUUA